CCAGUUUGCAUACUAACUCUUGUUUCGCAUUCACUUCUAAGGAGGAAUUGAGCAAGACCGUGUACAAUCUAUAAAGCAUGCUAUCUUUCUCUUAGAUCAAUCUUUGGAUUUCAUGAACAAGAAAAACCCAGAGAAAGAUCAGUGUUAUUUGUUAGCUAGGUAGAUUAAUUGUUUUCUGUGAUUUCAUAUAUAUAUAUGAACAUGGGGAGGCCACCUUGCUGUGAAAAAAUUGGAGUUAAGAAAGGACCUUGGACUCCAGAGGAAGAUAUCAUGUUGGUGUCUUACAUUCAAGAACAUGGACCAGGAAAUUGGAGAUCAGUUCCCACUAACACAGGUUUGAUGAGAUGCAGCAAGAGCUGCAGGCUUAGAUGGACUAAUUAUCUUCGACCUGGUAUCAAACGAGGGAAUUUCACCGAGCAUGAGGAGAAGAUCAUAAUCCACCUUCAAGCCCUUUUGGGAAACAGAUGGGCUGCUAUAGCUUCGUAUCUUCCAGAAAGGACAGACAAUGACAUAAAAAAUUAUUGGAAUACCCAUCUGAAGAAGAAGAUGAAACCAAGUGAUCAAAACGAAGAGGGCAUGGAACAAGAGGGACAUUCUUCUUCUUCUUCACAUCCAAAGGGUCAGUGGGAGAGAAGAUUACAAACAGAUAUACAAACGGCAAAACAAGCCUUGUGUGAUGCUUUGUCCCUCCACACGACACCACCAACACAUGUUGUUCCUGAGACAAAGCCUUCAACUUCUCAUCAACCCUACAGCCAUGCCUCAUCUUCAUACGCAUCAAGCUAUGAAAACAUCUCCCGGUUGAUGGAAAACUGGAUGAAAACCCCAAACUCACACGACACAAAUUCGGUAGGGGAUUAUUCCUUCAACAACAUGGUCAAUAUUAAUACACCGAGAUCCAGUUCUAGUGAGGGAGCACAUAGCACCACUAAUACCACGUGUGCACAAGAUCAUGUUUUUGACUUGUUCACCUUCAACUCCUCCACAAACUAUGGUGCUCCCUCUCAGACCCAAGCGCCUCUUACGAUGAUAGAGGAUUGGCUUUUCGAGGACGGGGCUUCUCAGUCUCACGAAGAUCUGAUGAGCAUGUCGCUGGAAGAAAGUACUUCGGGUUUGUUUUAGAAUUUGUUGCUGCUACGCACUAAGGUCCUGCCUUUUUCUUCAUUAGGGUAAGUAAGUCCUCUUCCGAAUUCUUGAGCUCUUGAAAAUGGAAAUUUUUUUCUAAAGCUGUUUUCGUACGAGAAGGUGAUCAAUACCCUCUCUCUCUCUCUCUCUCCACAAACAAGAAUUGUACAUUACUAUUGUACGUCUGUAUCCUUUCUCAAUUUGCAACGUGCGUACCAAUUUAUUAUAUGUAAGAGUUUAAUGUCUGUAUUUUGGACCUUCGUUUACUGUCUGGAAUUCAUCUAGGGUUACAAAUGAAUUUCAGCAUUGUCACCUAUCAUUAUCUAUCAAUGAA